AUGCAGUGUUUUUACUGGGUGUUGGCAGCGUUACUUGUCGGUGAAGUGACAUGUCAGAAGGGUAUGAGCCUCGACGAAAAAGUCAGGACUCUUCAGGUUGGUGAUUGA